AAUCCGGAAGUAGUAUGGAGCGUGUAAAAAUCAGUGGUGUCAAAUGAAAAAUACCGUCAAGAGCCAGUAAAACACAUACUGGCUUGGACGGAUUGGUAGGAGAACAGUGGUGAAAAGGACGAUGCAUAACGCAAGUCUCGGUGAAUUCCUAUGUUGAUAAAUAAAUCAAUUGAACACAUCUAGCUAAAUGUCGGAUCCAAGUAAAAGGUGAGGAAAUGUGGACUGGACAUGCAGUGAGGCACUGACACCGGUGGGCAAGACGGAGAGGAAUUAAAGUGAGAGUGAAGGCGAUCAACUGAAACCAUUUUUCGACAUCCAAGCUGGCUUUCCAGAUAGCAAGCAACACGUCCUACCCGGGCAAAUUACAAAAGGAUGAUGGCUGAGGGAUAACGUCAAGGCCACUCCACCCCAACGUGACCCUGGUUAUCUUAUCCAAACACCCCUUUCCUCUUCCCCUGUUUUUCUCAAUUUCCUCUUGCCUCUACUCACUCUCCUGUCCCACUGUUUCAUGGAGGAGAGCCAAACCGAUACAACACCACACUGGGUUAAUACUCACGUCUCUACAAUAGAGGUUCUGGAUCGUUCUCCUGUCAUGUUAUCGAUCAGACUCAAUGAUUGGAUGAGCAGUAAGGAUCACGUGAUCAGACCACUGUUCUCUCCACCCCUAUUGGACGUCUUCUCUUUCUCAUCUUUGUGAUUGAUUUGGACCCUAUUGGCUGUUGUCAUUUCAACUCUGUCCCCUCUCCACUGUUUUCUUUUCCUCACUGCAGUCUAUCCUCUGAUGUCAUUGGGCCAUGGUUCGCAAGAGAGGUUCCCUUAUCUUGUGUGGAGCUUUCCUAUUCGUCGCCUGCAAUGGCUUGCUUCUCCUUUUCCUUUGGGGACGGCCUCCCAUUGGUCGAUUUGGGGAGGGGGGAGGGGCUGAGCCAGGGGGAAGGGAAGAGUGGGGAGUGGCCAAAAGAAAAGGGGGAGGGACUAAUCUGGCUGGUGAGGUGAUCCGAUUGGCCGAGGAGGUAGAAUCGGAACUGGAGACCCAGAAGGAACUUCUGAAGCAGAUUCAGAGUCACAGGUCGCUAUGGGAAAAGAGGAGAGGGAUGGGAAGAAGACGGAUGGAUGGAGGGAAGGUAGAAAAUCAAGAGGAACACAAACCGUCACUACAGUUGCCUCCAGGACCUCCAAAGGACGAUUCAGAGAACAAGGACCAAAGUCAACAGGAAUUUGUUGCAGCGGUCCCAGACCUUAAAGUAGACACACAAUCGGACAAUGACCUAAAAGAACUGAACUACACCAAACUGGAAGUAACUGUCACCAGUCCACAAGUUGUCAUUCCCAUAUUGGUCAUCGCCUGUGACAGGGUGACGGUGAAAAGGAGUCUUGACAAGUUGAUCCAAUACCGCCCAUCUGCAGAACUCUACCCAAUCAUAGUUAGCCAGGACUGCGGCCAUGCUGAGACAGCCCGUGUGAUUGGCUCAUAUGGCAGUCAGGUGACUCACAUUAGCCAACCAGACCUCUCGGACAUCCGGGUACGGCCGGAGCACAGGAAGUUCCAGGGCUACUAUAAGAUUGCCAGACACUACCGCUGGGCCCUCAACCAGGUGUUCAACACACUCUCUCACUCCACCGUAGUGAUCGUGGAAGAUGACUUGGAGGUGGCCCCGGACUUCUUUGAGUACUUCCGCGCCUUGCACCCCAUCUUGACCUCUGACCCCACCCUGUGGUGUGUGUCUGCCUGGAACGACAACGGCAGAGAUGGCCUGGUGGACCCUGGGAAGGCUGACCUCCUCUACAGGACAGACUUCUUCCCUGGGCUGGGCUGGAUGCUGCUGAAGGACGUCUGGGCAGAACUAGAACCCAAGUGGCCCACGGCCUUCUGGGACGAUUGGAUGCGUCACCCCGAGCAGCGUAAAGAGCGCUCUUGCAUCCGCCCAGAGAUCUCCAGAACUAUGACCUUCGGACGUAAGGGUGUCAGCUUGGGUCAGUUCUUUGACCAGUAUCUGCGUUAUAUUAAACUCAACACUGACUUUGUGCCUUUCACCAAACAUGAUCUGUCUUACUUGAUGAAGGAGAACUUUGACGUGAACUUUGUGAAGGAGGUUUACAGCGCCCCCCUGGUUAAAAUAGAAGAGCUACAACAAGGGGGAGGUUUGAAGGCACCGGGUCCAUACCGGGUGCAAUAUUCCAGCCGGGAGAGUUUUAAAGUCAUGGCUCGUAACUUAGGGGUUAUGGAUGACUUGAAAUCGGGGGUUCCCCGUGCAGGUUACAGGGGCGUGGUCAGCUUCCUGUCCCGUGGACGACGGGUCUUCUUGACCCCACCUGAAGGAUGGACAAAGUACGACGUCAGCUGGAGCUGAGAGGUUCCGACUGGACGUAGUGUGAAUGGUAUCGAAGGCCGACUUGAGAAACGCCCUCUCAAACCAAAGAAAGCAAGGUCACAUGAAGGAACUGAAGCUAAACCAAACAGACAGGCUUGGUGGGUGAAGGGAUUUGACAUGUGGUAGAAGUAGGUUGGGUAGAGGAGAGUAAAAACACCUUGUUUUGAGAGUGAAUCUGAAUGCAGUGUUCAGCUCAGGGGGUGAAACCACAGUCUCUCACAGAAAGUAAGAAUCAUUAGAUUGGUUGUUCUCCUGCUAGAGCUCAUCUAGGAAAGGUUUGCUUCAACACAAUGUCUUAAACUGAAUCGAAAGUUCUGGACAACCACAAGUUUGAUUUGAUUGGGAGGCCUCAGAUUAGCUUUUUGUCUUGUUCCCAGUGUCACCAGGUCUUUAAAGGAGAGAACACCUCUCUGGUCACAACCUAAAUAGCACCCUUUUCCCUAUUUAGUGCACUACUGUUGACCAGGGCCCAUAGGGAAUAGGGUGCAAUUUGGUACAGCCUAUGUCUACAUUCUACUUUAAAAGAACUUGCAGUAUUCUACUCACUUAAAGUGAAUGAAUGAAUGAGGUCAAAAUAUUAGUUAGACUGGUAUUGAGUAUUAUAAAUAUGAUUGUCUAAUUUGGUUUAUUCAUAAAAUGUUUUUUGGGGAAGGGGAAAGGCUAUUUGGGGAAAUGUAUUUUAUUUAGCUAUCUUGUAAAUGGUUUAUAAAGAUCAUUCUUUAAAUGGUCCGAGGUUCAUACAUUGCCAUGCAGCGCACCAAUUUAACACAUUGUAGUUGAUGUUGGGUUUAUCUCAAACGGUACCUUACUCCCUAAAAAGGGAAGAGAGCCAUUUGGGACGCAGAUGCUGACUAUACUUGAGCCCUUUUCAAACGAAGGUUCAGUUGUAAUUCCAUGACAUUCAAACAGUGGUAUUCUACGGUUAGGUUUGUUGAAAAACCAAUGAUUGAUUGUUUUACAUGUUUUCUUUACAUUAAUGUACUGUAUUUAGUUCUGGGGUGAUUCAUAUGUCCUUAUGGUGGAAAAAAAAUUAAAAACACUGCCUGAUGUGUUUAACUUUAAUACGUUGCAAAUAAAAUACUAUUUUGA